AUGAAGUUAUCAUUUUCCGCCGCCUUGGCUCUCGCCUCCGUGGUGACUGCAAAGACCGUCUACGUUACUGAAUAUCACAUUACCACCGUUAACGGCGCUGUUGGUACUACCCAGGUCGGUUUACAGACUGAAGGUGAACAGACUCCAACCACCCAACAAACCCCAACCACUCUCGUAACUAAAACUUCGUCUACUUCGUCUAAGCCUGCUACGACCUCGACUGAUGAACCAGCAGCAUCUUCGUCGUCUUCUAGUGAUGACCCCAUCUACGCCGACAUCGCCAAGUCUUCUGGUCUCGAUGCCACCUUUGCCAAGAACAUCUUGGAUGCCCAUAACGAAAAAAGAGCACUUCACCUGGCCGGAAAGUUGAGCUGGGACAAAGAUGUCUAUGAAUACGCCCAGGCUUACGCCGACAAGUACGACUGUUCUGGUCAAUUGACCCAUUCUGGUGGUGAGUAUGGUGAGAAUCUCGCGGUUGGCUACAGUGAUGGUGUGUCUGCUCUCGACGCUUGGUACGCUGAGGGUGACAAUUUCGACUACAACUCGGGCUCAACUUACGACCACUUUACACAAGUGGUAUGGAAGGACACCACCAAAUUGGGAUGUGCUAUCAAGGACUGUUCUGCCAAGAACUGGGGUCACUACAUCAUUUGCUCGUACGACCCAUCUGGCAACAUGGUUGGCGAAACUAAGGCCAAUGUGCUUCCUCCUCAGUAA